ACAAACAUUCAUUACGUUUGCCAAUCAUUUUCAAUACAUAAUGAAAACAUUUAUAUUGUGACUAUUAUUUAGUGAUUAUAUUAAUUAUUCCAGCAACUAGCUUAUAACUAAUACAUUAUAUAAAAUCAUCAAGCUAAUCAAUCAACUGGACUAAUGUUCUCGGGGAUUUUUAAUAGUAUUGGUGCCAAGCUUACCGAGAUACCCGGGAUCAUUACGGAGAAUCCAAUUGGCAGAAUCUUGGAAUCAUUACCAGGGACCAGUAGUCCAUUACCGACUAUCCUAACCACUCCACCCAUAGUGCCAACAAUUAGGACACCUUACCCGGAACCUUCGCGAGAGCCCAUUCGCCCGGAUGUAACCAAUGACUUAUUUGGCAAACUACCCGACCCCACGCCUAUCCACCAAAUAGCACCAGCAUUAAAAGUAUGGACCCGUGAGAGGAACACCUACUUUAGCUACCGUAAAGACCAUGAUUAUUUCGUGGAGACCAUGCGCGAGUGUAGUCUCAUGCGGGAACGGGUCGUAUUUGUCACCCAUGGCUACCAGUCCACCAUAAACGCCGAUUGG